AUGUAUCUUUUAAACGAGCAACAAUUUAAAUUGUACGAAAAUAUUUUUAUAGAGACUAAUAUUCUAUCGCCGGACUACGAUGGGGUUGUUCUUAUACUAUACCCGGACGAGAUGAACGUGAAGCUUCCGAGACAUAUCGGUAGUUUUGUAGAAGGAAUAUGCAAGCUGGACAAGCACAUUCACAAAGUUGCUACGGUCUGGCAUUGCGACUACGUUUCGGGUGGAAGAAUAAUUUUGGCGCCUACUGGCGAAAUCACACCAUAUCACGACGCGAACGUUAUUAAGGAUGCUGUGAGGAAAGGCAUGAUACGAGCAAUGGAUGCGGGGGUUAAAAAACCGUUGCUAAUCGUACAGGAUCUGGUGCAAUUCCCAGAUGGACAACUGGUUGCGAUUCUUAGUGCUUUAGAAUCGCUUUACGCGCCAUUGCAGAUGAGGGAACGAGAUAAUUUGAGAAGUUUCAUACGUCUGGGUUUGCACUCAGAAGAGAAAAGGACGGAGGAUUUUGAAAGGAUCAUCAGAAAUGCUAUUGCAUUGGAAAGGGCGAGAAUCUUCACCAGGGAUAUUGCUGGCGGUGAUCCCGAAAGAAUGUCACCGGCAAAAAUUGUUGAGUAUGUUAAAAAUUCAUUCGCUGGAAUCACUAAUAUCACAAUCAAAGUUAUAGAUGAUGAGUCCGUUAUUGCAGAAGAAUAUCCUCUUUUAGCUGCAGUAUCCAGAGCUGCGAAUCGCGUGGACAGACACAAAGCUAGAGUUGUAGAAUUGGAAUACAAACCUUCGGAUUUAAGUAGAGUCACUGAGACGCUGAUGUUGGUCGGGAAGGGUGUCACUUACGACACUGGUGGCGCUGACGUCAAAAUCUCCGGCAAAAUGGCCGGCAUGUCGAGAGACAAAAGUGGAGCCGCGGCUGUGGCCGGGUUCCUCAAAGCCUGUUCUCUACUCAAACCCCCCCAUUUAAAAGUCAUAGGGGUGCUCUGUCUAUGUAGGAAUUCCAUUGGAGAGGACUCUUAUGUAGCUGAUGAGCUGCUGAUUUCUAGAAGUGGGAAAACUGUUAGAGUGACGAAUACAGACGCUGAGGGUCGUCUAGCGAUGGCUGAUUCACUUUUCAAGUUAUCAGAAAUCGCUGGCAAGGAGUUGAAUCCACACAUCUACACGGUGGCCACUUUAACUGGUCAUGCGAGGGCUUGUUAUGGGAAUUACGUAGCUGCUAUGGACAAUCACAGCGCUCGAGCUACCAAUCACUCCAGCAGACUUCAGGUCAACGGCGGCAGAAUGGCCGAAGGUAUAGAAGUGUCCACAAUAAGGCCGGAGGAUUUAGCAGUGAACUUGGGGAAAUGUAAAGGUGAUGAUUUAGUCCAGUACGACACGAACGCAAAAGCUCGCAAUCAUCAGUUAGCAGCUGGAUUUCUGAUUAAGGUUGGAGGUCUGGAAGGGAAGAAUAUAAAGUAUACGCAUCUGGACAUCGCUGGAGCUGCUGGAGAGCCACCAGAGGAGCCUUCGGCUGUGCCAAUUCUUACAUUAUGUUACACCCAUAAAGUUUUGUUGUGA